AUGGCACCAACUCUCCGGACUCGUGCUGCUGCUGCUGUCUCGGCCUCGUCCGACCGCCCGCCCUCGCCCCGGAAGCCAGCUCCACUCGGCCGCGUCGUACCAGCAAAUGGCAAUCCAUCGCCUCUCUCCACCCAUCCUCCUUCCUUCACCUCCAUCACCCCGUCUGCCCAUUCUUCAGGGUGGCAUCUCGCAUCAGUCCUCUUUCGGUCGGCAAUUGGCGCCGCUCUGGUCACGCUGCUUUUCUCGGUCACGACAAGUCCUAGCUUCAGCGCCUCUCUACGCAGUCACCACCGCCCGCAUCAGCUCAGCUCACGGAAGCGGCAAUCACCUCGUACACCUCUUGCGCGCAUCAUGUCCGCCAAUCCUGCCAGCGACGCUUCGGAUGCCGCUUCCGCCACACCAUCCCACUCGGUCUCGUCCCCCUUCUCCCCUCACGCCGCCGCCUUUGGCCCAUCCACACCGCUCAACCUCGGCGCCUCCAACCGCCUCCACGGCUUGAGCUCCGACGGCCACUCGCUCAGCAGUCGCGCCAGCUCCUUUGCUUCCAGUCACGGUCGUGCCCUUUCUCCCGCCGCCAAGGCCGCCUCUCCCUUUGCCAAUGCGGAAAACAGCCACACCUCCGCUGCCUUCUAUGGCUUCGGCGAUCGCCUUCGCGACGCCACCGACCAUUCCCGUCAAAGCAGUGGCGGCGCUCACAACAACCUGAGCGCAACUUCUCCCGCCACUCCUUCCCUCCUUUCAGGCUCGGCUGCCUCUCGCUGCGCUCCGUCGCCCUCGCCACGCUCCCUUGCCGCCGGCGCAGACUCCACCUACCCGUCCACCGACUUCUUGGGCCAAUCGCAAUCGUCGCUCCCCGAUGCACGCUCCCCAAACUCGCUCGUACCGCCGUCAGCUGCAAGCGACCUUCAGCGCCGCUUCUCCUCAUCGUUUGGCGCUCAAGGUGAUGCAGCUUCACCCACGCUGCUAGACGCUCCGACCAACGGCGCUCGUCCGCCGUUUGGUCGCCAAUCUUUCUCAGAUGGCCCUGCAGCCUCGGAUCACCAGCACUCGGCAGAGAUCACGUCGGCCCUCAUGGAAUCGCAUCACAGCUCAUCUUCCGGCGGCUUCCCCACCGCCACACACCCCGCCAAUCUGCACAACCUCUCCGACCCCGCUUCCCUUCGGCCCGAUCCAUCUUUGCCGCUACCCGCCGCCGCGCCCACUCCCACGACAGGUCCCCUCUCGGCUUCCGAUCCGCGCACACAGCUCCUCGUGUCCAAUCUUCCUUACCGCGUCCGGUGGCAGGACCUUAAGGAUCUCUUCCGCAAGGCUGGCACCGUCCUCCGUGCCGAUGUGUCCCUCAGCGCAGACAACCGCAGUCGCGGCUACGGCACCGUCCUCAUGGCCACCGAGCAAGACGCCAUCAAGGCCGCCGACAUGCUCGGAGGCUUCACCUGGCAAGGCAGGACCCUCGACGUUCGCGUCGACCGCAGCGGCACCCUCGUCGGUGUCGCUGGUAGCGCCGCCAUGCCCACCAUCGCUCCCAACAACCUCCGGGCCAACGCCAACGCUAUGCCAGCCAUGCUCGGCAACUACGCCAACGGCCACUCUCCCAUGGCGCACGCCCUCGAUCAAUCCGCCAAUCAGCCCUUCCUCGGCAUACCCUCGGGCUCCUUUUCUGGAGGCGCCUCUCCGUCCGCCCUCUCCCCGCUUGCACGCGCAGCUGCCGCCGACGCAUCCCAGCCAAUGUCGACGCGCUCCUCGUUCUCGGCGCACAAUUCAAAUGCACAACCCACCGAGUUCGAGCGAGCCAUGCUGCACGGCGCCUCCAACGGCGGCGCUGCCAGACAUGGCGCCCCUUACGACCACAACUUUGCAGGUGCAGCCCAGCAUCGCGCCGUAUCCUCGCUUCAGUCCAUGGCAGCAUCGCGCCGCGGAUCCGAAGUUGGCCUAGGCAUGGGCACCUCCCCGUCUUCCGGCGGCUGGCCUGCUGGCUCCAACGACGCCUCGGGUGGCAUGCUUGCGCAGAAUGCCGGUGGCUCAUCGGUGCCCACGGGCUUUCCCGGCGCCACCGCCAUGGCUCCGUGGCCAGCGGGUCCCGCCGCGUUGGCAGGCAACGCUGUGGCAUCCAUGCAGUCGCAGCCGUUCGCUCCGCACGUGCCCACCACCUCGUACGCCGGCCGCGUCCUCUUUGUCGGCAACCUGCCCUUCCACUGCCAGUGGCAGGAUCUCAAGGACCUCUUUCGCGCCGCCGGCAACAUCCAGCGCGCUGACGUCGCCAUUGGGCCGGACGGCCGCAGUCGCGGAUUCGGCACCGUGCUCUUCGCCUCGCAAGAGGAUGCGCAGAACGCUGUGCGUCUCUAUCAUGGCUACGAGUACAGCGGCCGCACGCUCAAGGUCCACUUUGACCGCUUUGCCGCACAGAACGGGCCUGCCAUCGGCACCCCGGGCAAUCCGGCGCAGUACACCGGUGCGUUUGCGGCUGCAGCUCUGCCUUCGCACAUGACCAACAACGUGCGUGCCCCGUCCAUCCCUGCGCCUCCCCUGCAUGGCAUGCAGACGUCGUAUGCGCAGAAUGCCAUGAUUCAGCAUCAACAGCAGCAGCGCGCAGGUGCAGCCUCCGGCUUUUCGCAAUAUCCAGCUCAAGGCGCGUUCGGCGGCUAUCAUCCAGCGGAUGCCUCCGCUCGCGCGUUUGCGCAGCAGCAAUCCUCUCUCCUUUACCCCCAGCAACAAGCUCAGCAGGCGCCGCAACAGCAAUAUGGCCAGCAGCUGCAGCAACAGCAGCAUCGUGCGUCGUUUUCCGGCUUCGCCGAUGCCGGCAACGAUGCAGCAUCGUCUUCCAUGUCGGCGUUUGGUGCGGACGAUCUCGCGUCUGCGGAACGACAGUCCAACACGAGGCAGUUCGGGCUCUUCUCGCAAGCCAGCGAGGCCGAGGCGGACAAGGGGGAGGGUCGGGACGAAGACUACGGCAUGACGAUCUCGAUGCCGGCGAGCGGCUUCGGGGCUGCGUCUUCGUAUCUGCCUUCGGACCUCAUGUCACCCGGUCUGGUUUCGCCGCCGGCGAUGGCGCAGGGCAACGCGCAUCCGGGGCGAAUCCAGCUUCCCACGACGCAGUUCGGCAGCUUUGGUGGUGGUGCGGAGGGGAACCGGUCGGAUGGACGCAUGCAGGUGCCCAUGACACCGGGCAUGCCCGGGUUUACGUUCAACCCGGUGCCCGAGACGCCGCCUUUGUAUCCGCAGUUUCUCAGCCCGGGAUUGGGGCCGUUUAGUCCGACCGUUGGUGGGUCGUCGCACGCCGAUGUGCAGGCGGGGCAGAUGCAAGGCGCCAACAUGGCUGCGUUUAUGAAUGCAGCCCCUGGCGCACCUGUGCAUGCGCACAUGGGCGGUGCAAGUGGUUACAAUCCCAUGUUCCCAUCGGCGUACGCAGGCACGUAUGCUGGACAGCAACAGCCCGCUACGCCGCACUGGUCGCAGACGGCUGGACCGCGUAGGUUCAUUGCAGAGCGCGGAUCGACGGUGGCGCACGAGGCGGAUGAAGUUGUUGACGAUGCACGUGCAGGGAUUGCCAAGACACCCGGUGCGGGGCCACGACGACCGUCGCAUGUGGCGAUGGACCAUCGCGGUACCGACGAGGCCAAGCGUCGCGCGUCGGACGGUACACCGGGUGCAGAGAUGGACGGAUAUCCGUUCCCCAUGGUCGCAUCGGGUGCAAUGGGUCGACGCGCCUCGACCAACUCUGCGGCCGGAACACCUUUAGGCGCACCUGGGCGGACGGAGGUGCCAGUGCAAGCUGAGCUCGGUGGGAGUGCCGAGGAACUUGCCAACACCAUCGCGCGGCUGAGCGUCAAGGGUACCGCACUGGCCAAGGAGAGCUCGAGGAGGAGCGUGAGUAUGACCGCUGAGCGCAGUGCUGCUUCGGCGGCGAUGGCUAAGCUGCGUGGAAAGGCCGAGGCACUGCCUCAGGACGACGAAGCGAAGCUGGGCGCUCCGUUUGCGGAUGCAGAUGCAGGACCUACAGCAACGGCAGAGGAAGCGUACGAACGGCUGUUGGGGCUCAAGGUGUCCAACUCUGCCCUGGAGCAGGCGCGCAAUGGGUCCGCGCUGGAUACGGGCUCAGAGGCAGGAGAGAGCAGGAAAAGUACACCGCGGGAUGAAGCAGGACCCACGGCCAAGUGA